UUUGUAGUCACCCAGCCGACGAACUGUGAAUAAGCCUUAUCAAUAUUCUCCACUGCUAUCUUAUCAGAAUUGAUUCAUGUGACAGGUGUCAGCGGAGUUCGUUUAAGUUGUGUAUUCUCUCAUUUUAUCCAUCAGUAUUUUUAGCAUCUUGUCGCUGAAAUAUGCUGCGUUUGAGGGCGGCUGUUUGCCAGUCUUGGAGGGGGUUCAAAACCUUCCCUUGUGCAGCUGUGGAAGUGAAGAAUGAGCCAAUCCUGGGGUUUAACGAGGGAAGCCCAGAAAGAAAAGAACUUGUGCAGGUGAGAGAAGGUCAGAUUUCCCUGAAAUGCCUUAAAAGUCUGCAGGGAAAAACAGAGGAAAUUCCAUGUGUGGUUGGAGAUGAACAUGUGUGGACCAAAGACAUCAGAUAUCAGUUAUCUCCAUUUAAUCAUUCACAUAAAGUGGCAAAGUUCUGUUACGCUGACAAGGAGCUGAUAAAUAAAGCUAUCUUAGCAUCUGUGGCAGCACGAAGAGAAUGGGACCUGAAGCCCGUCCAGGACAGAGCCCAGGUUCUGUUCAAGGCUGCAGAUGUCAUCAGUGGACCCAAGAGAGCAGAAAUCCUGGCUAAAACCAUGAUUGGACAGGGUAAGACGGUGGUACAAGCUGAGAUUGACGCUGCUGCAGAACUGAUUGACUUUUUCAGAUUCAAUGCCAAACAUGCUGUUGAGCUGGAGAGUCAACAACCAAUAGAUGCUCCAGGAAGCACAAACACCAUGCUUUAUCGUGGACUGGAGGGCUUUGUAGCAGCUGUGGCUCCUUUUAACUUCACUGCUAUUGGUGGAAAUUUGGCAGGUACCCCAGCUCUGAUGGGUAAUGUAGUGCUGUGGAAGCCGAGUGACACUGCUAUGUCUGCGAGCUACGCUGUCUACAAAGUCCUGAGAGACUGUGGCCUGCCCCCGAACAUCAUCCAGUUCUUGCCAGCUGAUGGGCCAGUGUUCGGAGAUACUAUUGCAGCCUCUGAGCACCUAGCAGGCAUCAAUUUCACUGGCAGUGUCCCGACCUUCAAACGUCUUUGGAAACAAGUUGCCCAGAACCUAGAUGUCUACAGGACCUUCCCUCGGGUGGCAGGAGAGUGCGGUGGGAAAAACUUCCACUUCAUCCACAAGUCUGCAGAUGUUAACAGUGUAGUGAAUGGAACCAUCCGCUCAGCAUUCGAAUACGGAGGUCAGAAGUGUUCUGCUUGUUCCAGGAUGUAUGUACCAGACACCUUAUGGCCACAGAUCAAAGAGGGGCUUCUGUCUGUUCACAAAAACAUUAAAGUGGGAGAUCCUGUGGAAGACUUUGGUACCUUUUUCUCUGCUGUUAUAGAUGACAAGUCCUUUGGUCGCAUAAAGAAAUGGCUCGACCAUGCAAAGUCCUCCCCCAAUUUAAAGAUCAUUGCUGGUGGAAACUGUGAUGACAAGAAGGGCUACUUUGUAGAACCUACUAUCGUUGAGACCAAAGACCCACAAGACAGCAUAAUGAACGAGGAAAUCUUUGGUCCGGUUCUUUCAGUUUUUGUGUAUCCUGAGAACAACUACAAAGAGGUGCUUCAUCUGAUAGACAACACAUCCCCAUAUGCAUUGACUGGAGCAGUGUUUGCCAAGGACGAGAGUGUGAUUGCAGAGGCAGCCAAAACCUUAAGAAAUGCUGCAGGGAACUACUACGUAAAUGACAAAUCCACUGGUUCUGUUGUUGCUCAGCAGCCAUUUGGUGGCGCCAGAGCCUCAGGCACUAAUGACAAACCUGGAGGUCCACACUACGUUCUGAGAUGGACCUCACCCCAGGUUGUGAAGCAGACACAUGUCCCACUAAAAGAAUGGAAAUACACCUACAUGGAUUAAAGAAUCCCUUCUGUGUUCUGGUCCAAUCAACGCCAUCCCUCCGCUGAUUCCCAAUCUCGACCCAUAGACUUCUGUGAAAUGAAGAGAGAUCAUCUCCUUGUCUGCAGCCAGAUUUAGGUCGGCUUCCCUUUACCUCUGCCUGUAAUAACCUUGCACUGAAUCUAAACUUAGGAAAUGAAUGUAUUUGACUGAAUGGAAGCAGCUCAUCAUAACCCUGCAGAUGUGGUGUGUAUAGUCUUCCAUGAAAACGUCCCAUCACAACUGUUUCACGGCAGAUCUUCUCUUGUGAUUCUCCCCAUGUUUUUGUCGACAUAUGCAGAGGUAUCUGACGGUCUGGCUGGUGGUACAUUAAUUAUGAGUAAAUCCAGUUCCAAAAUGAGGAAAAUGCCUAUGUUACAGUAGCUGUCUGAAAGUAAUAUUACAAAUAUAUUUUUAUCUAUUUAAAUGAAAAUGUUAUUGUAGGUCAAUACUAAAAGACAGAGAAGUUUUCUUAGUUUGAUAGAGCCCAUAUUACUUUUUAAUAUUUGUUAAUGUCUUAUUUGUUCAUUAAGCAAUAAAACUUGUAAUUUGCAACAAGUAAUCAGUUGCGAGAUACACAAAAGGUUGUGUUUACAGUGUUAUCUUUAGUGUGAUUUGAUUUCUAUGUCAUUUAAAAACCCUUAAAGUGAGUAAUGCUUACUCAACAGCUAGAUUGUACCAUUUAUCAAACAAACCACCGCCUUCUGAACUAAACCUUCACAUGAACUGAAGUAGAAAACUGCCUCUCCAAAAUGUGUUGUUUAAUUCAUAACUGCAGAUGAACCUUUGUCACUAAAACGUAUCCAAGUGAUUCCAAAAACAAAAAACUUUGCCUACGUUUCCUGUGCAAGUGUGUGUGAAGAGUGUCAUUUGCAUUUUUAAAAUGCUAGUGUUCCUAUCGGCUGACAUUUCUGCUGGUUUGUCUUUUCUCGACCGGUCUGGGCAGGAUAUAUUUUGGAAUAAGUAUUUUGUACUUUAAUCUACUGUACGCGCUGAAACUGAUUUACAAUAUUUUCAGAAUGUGCCUGCCGUAGUUAUUGUAAAUUCAGAUGGUUAAUUUUUUGACAAUAAAUAUUAAAUUAUUAAUAUCAAAAUG